AUGGCCCUACAGGAAGUAAUAGCAAAUGAUAAUGUUAAUGAGUUAUAUAGCUUGAUUGAGCGGGAUGGAAAUCUCUUAGAUCAUGGAUCCAAGGGCCCCUUCCCAAAUACUCCACUACACGAUGCUGCCGACAAGGGGCAAACUAAAGUGGCAAUGGAGAUAGCCACCUUGAAGCCAUCGUUCACUCGAAAGCUGAAUCGAGGGGGUCACAGUCCUAUGCACUUGGCUUUGCAAAAGAAGCAUUAUCACACCGCAAGGGCACUAAUGACCCUCAAUCCAAAGUUGAUUCGAGUACGAGGACGAGGUGGGAUCACUCCUUUGCAUUUUGUAGCCAGAGAAAAAGGAGACAAUCAGGAGAACCUGGAGCUCCUAGAACUCUUGGCAGAGUUUCUAUCUGCUUGCAAAUCGUCUAUCGAAGACUUGACAAACCAAUGCGAGACUGCAGUUCACGUUGCCGUCAGGACGGGCAACACAGAAGCAUUCAAGGUUUUGUUUGAAUGGCUUAAGCAAGUCCAUCUUAUAGAAGUCUUGGACUGGAAAGACCAAGAUGGUGACACUGUCUUACAUAUUGCUAAAUCCAAAAAGCAACUCGAGAUCGUCAAAUUAUUGGAUCAGUAUAUGGAUGUAAAUGCGAAGAACUUCCGAGGUGAGACGGCUCUAAAAAUCUUCCAAGUGAAUCCUAGUGGUGGUCCAGAUGUUGCAGGGAGUUUUCGCUGUGAAGGAAGUCGAGAAAGAUGCUAUACUCCUACCCUCUCUCUAUCGCAAUUUUCUGAAAGGGAACCAACAGACUCUGAGAAGUUUACAAAUUCUUUCAGUGUCCAAGAUAAAUCCAAUCGCGAAAUAAUCAUUGUUGUGUCUACCUUAAUUGCGGGUGUCACUUACCAAGCUGCUCUCACUCCUCCGGGAGGAUACUGGCAGGAUUCCUCUUCAAAUUCCACUGCCAAUUCCAGCGGCAUUGCUCUUGGGAAACCACAUGAAGCCGGAGACAUUAUCCUGAGCGGGUCGAGUCUAUUUAUCUACACGCUCAGCAAUUCCUGGGCUUUUUCGCCUCGAUUGCCACCAUCUCGGCCACCGCUCUUCAACUGA